AUGACUCCAGCUACGACUCCAGCGAGGCAAGCUCCUCCCUCUAGAGGGAAUGGAUCAGUAUCGCGAACUCCGCGCUUUAUCUUCAGCUCAAAUUUCCCCUCAAGUUCUGCCUCUCAGUUUGCAGCAACUCCUCGUUUCUGUUUCACGGAAAAGGGAAAAAGCCAUGUCUCGGACGUAGAGGCCAAUUUGAGUGAUGUUAUCCCCUCGUCCUCAUCCUCAGCACUCACUGAGUCCUAUGGGCAGACUGGGAACUUGCCCCAGGCUUACCCGGGGGGAGACAUUAUUCAAGACUCCAGCAGCGAUGAAGAGGAGCUUUUAUUCCAGGAUGAUACCCCAUCUCCACCUCUGGAAGGGUAUCCAGUAAACCAGGGUGACGCCGGAGGAGGAUUUGAUAUCGAUGCGGAAUUCGAUGCCAUUUUCCCCCCGACGCCAGAAAUGCGCAAGGCGAAACGUCGGAGGGUGUCUCUACCUCCUCCCAAUAGCGUCUUAGACCUGCAACACCCCUCGUCUGCCCACAGCAAUGGACAGCUCAUAUAUACACCGGGCCACCCGGCCCCUGUCACAUUAAUAACUGCAAAUCCCAUAAACCACCCCAACCCCUAUCCCAUCACAACACCUGCCCGCACGAAUCCCAACACAACUCCAUCUCCCACACAACAACACACGCAGCCACCGCCCCGCAAAAUCCUCCUCUUCGGCGCACCCAUGUCCGCUCCAUCCCGUUCUCGGGGACAUAGACACGCUGCAUAUGAUGCGCAGGGUUAUCCGCAGUCGUCGCUAGCUCCUCUGCCCACUAUUGCGAAGGGAGAUAAAAUAGGGAUUCGAAGGGGUUUGGUGUGGGAGAUGGAGAUUGAGGAGUUUGCGGGGGGUAGAGGGAGGAGACGGAUGAGGCGGGAAGAGGAGGGGGGACGGGGUGAGGGUGAGGGUGAGGGUGAGGGUGGUGGGUUACGUGGGGCGGCUGGGACGGCGGGGAUGGUGGUUGAGAAGUGGAUUGUUGGUGUUGAGUGGGAUGUUUUGGAGUGGAAGGAUGGAUGA